ACAUGUCCUGUCUGCUCUGCUGCUUCUAAACAAUCUUUUAUCAUUGGUAGAUGAUAUAAGUGAGCCUGACACCAAACAGGGGUCAGAUACAGUUUCAGGAAACUGUCGUAUCCUUCUUCAUGUCAUUAAUAAUAGAAGGAGCAUGCACAGCCAGGAAGCAGAAGCUGGGGCUGUUUUCGUUAUUACUCUACAGGACAGAAACAUGGACUUCUCCGUUUUGCCAAAUAACAACCAUCCUGACAAAUUCCUGCAACUGGAGGUGAAGUAUCUAAUGAAAAACUCUGCCUUUCUACAAGCCAGCCUGGCUAAAUUCCCAGAAGCAGCUUUACCCGGGGAGCAGCGGUGGCACAACAGGGUCUAUUUACAGAGAGAAAAGAGAAACGUCACUGAGCUGCCAGGCUUAGACUCCAACAAGGUCAGUCAAGAAAUGAUAGACAAAGCCCUUGGAAAACACAUUACACCCAUCACCCUGAAAUCCACAAUCAAAAGCAACCCAUUGUAUAGUGAUAUCCAGGUGGAUGACAAAUGGGAGGAGAAGAAAAAGAUGCCUUCUUGGACCGUGCAAGACUAUGACAGGCACUCACUGCACUCUAACUUGGCCAGCCACAUAAAGGAAAAUCCUAAUGAGCUGCAGUUCUGGAUGGGGGAUAUUUAUACUCCUGGGUAUGAUACCUUGUUAAAAAAGAAAGAGAGAGAAAAAAAGCAUUCCAAAUGUUGCCGAAUCAUCCUGCUCAUGGUACUAGCUGUUUGCAUCCUGGUUACCAUAGUCACGCUUAGCGUUUUACUUACUUAGUACAGCCAAAUGAUGUUGA